AUGCAGAAUUUCAAUUUGCAACUGAAGGAAAGAAGACAUGCAGUCGGUUUCGCCAAAGCGUGGGACUGGCUGGAGCAAGACCCGGAGCUUCGAUCUUCAGGCGUCGCUGUAGAGAAGAGCCCCAACUCCCCCUUAGCUUUGGUGCUUCCUCACCGCCAACGCCUGGGCGAUCUACCGGAGUUUCUCCGCGGAUAUUUCGAAAUUCAAGAUGAAGCCAGUCAAUUGGCAGCUCUCAAGGUGCAGGUAAAGCCGGGAGAUAAAGUUUUUGAUUAUUGUGCUGGCAGCGGCGGCAAGACGCUGGCGUUUGGCCCUCAGAUGCAGAAUAAGGGAAAAAUAUAUCUGCAUGAUGUGAGGGAGAGGAUGCUGCAGGAAGCGAAGAAAAGACUGAAAAGAGCAGGCAUCACAAACUACACCAUCGUGCAGCCUGAAAGCCCCAUUCUACCCAAACUUGCAGGAGUAAUGGAUUGGGUCGUCUGCGAUGUGCCGUGCAGCGGCACCGGCGCUCUGCGGCGGAGUCCAGAGAUGAAGUGGAAAUACAACGACGAGAAGCUCAUGGAUUUCAUUGCGCUCCAGCGUCACAUCUUCAGCAGCGCCUUGCAAUAUGUGAAGCCAAAAACCGGCAAAAUCGUUUACAUUACCUGCAGCAUCUUAGAUGAGGAGAACGUUCAUCAGGCCAAGUUCUUCUGCCAGCAACACGGACUUGUCCUGACGGAGCCUCCAUUUCAUUCGCUGCCGACAUCAAGGGGAAUGGACGGAUUUUUUUGUGCAACUUUCGCUCGCCCGUGA